AUGAAGAAGGCUCACCUCCGCAUUUUGCAGGGCGUUGGCCAUGAUAACUUCAAGAGCCAAGUCUUUGACCGCUUCCCACUGGCCUUGGAUGAUGCUAGUGUCCUUGAGGUGGCAGAGAGCAUUGGAUGGGACCAGGCAUGGAUGCAAACGCGCCGAGUUCCCGCUGCAAAGCCGCCCCCAAUGAAUCAGGAUAUUGCUGCCAUGUUUCGUGGCCCAGGGGUUGUUGGGGCGGUUGGAGCAAAAGCUCCUGGUGUGGCUGUGCCUGCAAAGGCCAAUGUUCCUGUGGUAGCGCCACCUGUGACAGCUUCCAGGUUGGCAGCACCUGUUGCUCCUGCUAAGGCUGCUGCUGGAACCCCAGCCCCUGCUCCCGCAAAGGUCACUGGUCAUCAUGUGCCCAAGACUGGUGCCCGUGUUGCUGUCAUGACCCUACCAUCAUCUCCUGUGAUGGCCCCUCGACAUGCAACAUUGUCUCAGUCUCGCUUUUUUUUAUAUGUUCUUUUUGAACUGGCAGCUGGUGGAACAGUGCUCCCGAAGUCAUCAGCCCCAUUGGUUGCAACCUUGGUGCCACGACCUCCUGUUUCUUCGGCGGCAGUGUCUGCGCCUGCCAAUGGCAUUGAAGCAGCUGCCCAUCCGAAUGAGGAGGUGGGUGAGUCACCAGUGAACCAGAUGACAGAAAAUCCUUCUUCUGAUCAGGGACCUGCUUCCUGUGUUAUCUGUAUGGACAAUUUGAUGAACGGCCAAGCUCGAAGGAUGCUGCGCUGCGGCCAUGUCUACCACAGCUAUUGCAUCAGUGAGUGGCACAACUUGUGCAACAAGGGGCCGGAUGAUUGUCCUCUGAGGUGCCCCGUACAAUUGCCGCAAGAAGAUGCUGAGACGGAGUGGGAGUACGUUGGAUCUGUGGAUGACACUGUGGAGAAUCCAGACCGCGUGUUGGAGAAUCCAGUUGCAGGUGCGUCAGAGAACGCAGGUGACGUGCAGGACAACCAAGGAGGUGAUGCAUCAGUGAACGUAGGCAGAGAUGUGUUGGAGAAUCCCGGUGAUGUGUCGGAGAAUCCUCCGCAUGAUGUUGGUGUGGCGGAGAUUCCAGCGGCCACUGUGUCCGAGAAUGAGAUCUUGGCGGCUGCUGCCGAGGUGUCCGAGUCUGUUGUCUGA